UGAUGCAGUAAUGAGCAGCUUUUGGAACUUGCGAGCCCUGAUCUACGUCACGUCGGUCUGCAUCUUGGACGCGUUUUCCCUAAGUAACUUGUCUGUUAGCUAGCUAGCUAAUUAGCUUGCUAGGUAAGGAUUUUUUGUCGUUAUUUGCAACGUUAUGCUAGUUGUGUAAUCAUAAUUUUAGUUUUAAACUGAAACGAUAUAUUAAAUCGGUAUUUGUUCUGUACAAAAACUGAAAAAAGCCUUUUUGCACUGUGUAAAGAUUCCCUUUCCGUUACUUCGAUAUCCGUUCCUAAGUAGGUUAACCUAACAACGCUGGGUUGGAUAAGGUUUGGGUUUUGUGCCCUGCAAAUGCUGCGUUAGCGAAGAGCUAGCAAUCUAGGACACGCGUUUUUGUUUCCAUGGAGACUGACGGGACGCCCUGAUUUGGCGUUGUCACAAGUAAGGGGGAAGAACCUCGGAGAGUCGUUCCUGUAUUUCUGUAGGCUCGUGAAAACGCAAGAUGCCAUUUUACAACAAUAUCUAUUACCCGUUGUCAUCAGAGCCCCAGGGGGCUCAUUCCUCAGCAGGGAUACCAUCUCUGCUGAGCUCCCCACAGAGCCAGCCAUCCUCAGGCGGUCAGGGCCAACCCGAUAGUUCUACAAUGUCUGGAGCCUUCGGGGGUACUGCUCUCCCCGCCCCCUUCAAGUUCCGUGCCCGCCAUGAGAGUGUGGACUGGCGCCGGAUCAACGCGGUCGAUGUGGACCGUGUAGCCUGUGAGCUGGACUUCCAGAUGCUGCAGGAGCAUGUGGCGACAGUGGCGUUCUGCAACCUGGAGGGUGAGCGGUGCACCCGCUGCCACAGCCAGGUGGACCCGGCGCUGCUCAAGCUCUUCCGGUUAUCCCAGCUCAUCGUGGAGUACCUGCUGCACUCGCAAGACUGCCUGGCCAUCAGCCUGCAGGUGGCCGAGCAGCGGCUCCAGGCCCAGGCACACGAAGUGGAGCAGCUCACGGAGCAGUUGCGAAAGUGCAGCCAGGAUGCCAAGUCUUUAAAGGAAGAGCUCAAGCAGAGAAGGAAGAUCAUUACCUCUCAGCAAGCCAUGAUCAGCGCGGGCUUGGCUAAUUACCAUAAGUGCCAACAUUGCGAAAAAGCCUUCAUGAACGCCUCUUUCUUGCAAAGUCAUAUGCAACGCAGGCAUCCUAUGGAUUAUGACAUGAAACUGAUGACUGAUAAUCAGAAGAAAGUUCAGACUGUGAAGUUAGCAGAAGAAGUCAAUAGGCUACAGGACCAACUAAUGCAAAUGGAGGCACAACAGAAAGAUUACACUGCCGAACGCAAUAGAGAGAAAGAUCUGACACAGAAACAGGAGCAGUUUAUGAAGCAGUUGGAAGUCUGGAAGGAGGAUGAGCGUGUGCGUAUGAACCACAGAAUUGAUGAAGUCAAGCAGGCCUGUCAAAGAGAAAUGGACUCACUUCACCAGAGGAACAGAAAUCUAGAGAAAGAAGUGCUAAAGCUGCAGCAGAGCAAUAAGAUACGGGAGAGCACGCAGGCUGCUCAAACACAGGCAAACUUGGCUCAGAACAGUGAUGACAAGCACUGGCAGGAGGUUGCACAGCUCCGACAGAAAUUCCACAGACAGGAAAUGAAGUGGGCUGCAAAGAUGCAAAAAAUGAAGGAGGAGCACGAGAACGAGAAGGGUCAGCUCCAGGCUUCUCUGUCCCAAAUGCGCUCCUCUGUGUCUGAAGGGAAGGAAGAGGCAUGGAGGCACACGAAGGAGCUGGAGCUCCGGCUGCAGGAGCAGGAGCAGAUCAUUGCUUACCAGAGCAAGCAGAUGAAACAGAUCACUUCAAGUCCACCUACUCUAGUAGUGCAACGAGAAGUGUCAACCCCAGAACUUAAAAACAAAGUGGUGGUCAAUGUAAAGCAGUCCAACUUGGUCCAUAAAUUGGAUCCUAUAGUGGAGCUGUCAGAGGAGGACAAAGAUUCCUCAAGUGUCACAGAAGCCCCUUUUGGUAUCCAGUCCUGGCAGCAAAAGGCAGACGAGCUGCUCCAGCAGCCAGGCCUCAAGAGGGACAUGCGGCUUGUUGUGCAGCAAAGCCUACAGUACAAGCUGCUUAAUUUGGGCAUCCAACCUGGUGUAAGUGGACUCUCUAAGACAGCGUAUAAGAGCGCCAUGACAAAGGUGGCGUCUGAAAGACAGCAGAGGCAGACGAAGAACCCAGCGUACCAUCAGGUACAGAAGGAGAUCAACCAAAGACUAGAGCAGAGGGCUCAGGAAAGAACAAUGGUGCUUGCCUCCAAAUCCAAACAACCAGCACAAGCACUUUCAUUAGCUCAGCCCAGGCCACGAUCAAGUAGCUUACCGAACACAGUCACCAGAGUAGCAUCAGGCCAUCCACCCAAACUGCAGCACACACCCCAGCCAGCCCAUUGGAGCAAGACUGGCACUCAGACACCCAAGCCAACUAUCUCACUCCUGCAUCAAAAAACCCCUCCAUUCAGUUCAGACGAAAACUCCUCAGAGGAAGACGAGUCUGAAGAAAAGUCUCCACAGACUCAGAAACCCUCUCAGGUUAAAGCCCCACAGGUGAACACCACCGCAGUGAAAACUCAGCAUCCAAGAGCCCAGCAGCGCACUGCUCCCCAGGCUCUAGCCCCACGUUCCGAUGCCCUUCACCAGAGAGUGCAGCAGGCCCCUGUACUCAGUGUGAGCAGAACAGAGGGAACUGAGGUCGAGAGCGAGAGCGAGUGGACUGAAGGCAGUGAGAUGGAGGAGCUUGCUUUGGAACGGCUGUCGAAGUUAACGGACCAGAAUGGAAAUGUGCAGAAAACAUUUCACAAUAAUGUAAAGGCACUGACCAAGAAUCUGGAGCAGCAGCUUGAAGAAAGAGGCCUGAGAAAGCCAGUAGGGGGUGUAAACACAGUGUCAGAAAAGCCUUCUACAGUCACUAAAACAAAUGAUGUGGUGCAGGAGCUAAAAUACACAGAUAUUAAUGGUAGUGAUGAUGAUGACUGGGAUAUCUCAUCUCUGGAGGAUAUUCCUGCUGCACUCAAACCUAAUCCAGCCCUUGUGAGGAAGAGUGCAGACAAGAGUAUUGACACCAGCACUAGUGUGUGGGGCACUUCCACAGGCAAAGGACAGAAGCCAGGUCUCAAUGCAGGCACAGGCAGCAGUAUUGUGACUGUUAGUGACUGGGAUGACUCGGAUGGCAUAUAAAUACAGUAACAUGUAUUUAAAAAGCAAUUGUAAAAAUGUAGUACCAAAAACUAAUUUUAAAAUAUAAUAAAUAGGUUUCUGCAUUAUAAAUAAGUAAAAAUGUUCAGUGAUUCCUUGCUAAUGUACUGUAAUUCACAUAAAGAUAUAGCUGUAAUAACCUCUAGUAAAGGUACAAUCUAUUCAGGGACACCAGUGUAGCAAAAGACUUUCAUACCUUGUCAGUUUCUUGUUAAAAUUUUGUAAAAGUAAAUAAAUAAAUAGUUCAUUUUGAACAUUGUCAUUGAAUACUGCACUUUGGAAAAAUUAUACAUGGAUUUUUAAGAGAGAAUAUAGUUUAUUUUUUCUAAAGAAACAUGUUAUGUUUAACACAAUAAACCUUUUUUUCAGCAAAAAAAUGAAUUCCUUGUGGUUGGCCUUAGUUCUUUAGAGCAGAAAUUUAAAAGACUGUUUAGGUGAUCUCCAUUAAUAGCAACAGUGAAAAGUUUAGACACCUGAUUGACUAUUUUUCAUAAUACUGAAGAUGUACAAGUUAAAACCAUAUGCUUAAAUCUAUUUAAAAUGUAUUUAUUCAUGUUUUUUCUUCAAUGCAUCCUCAAUAAGUACUUUUUUCUAUAGCUUAACCUGUAGCUCCAACAUUUAGAAUUUUGAAAUUGUUGGAAGAAUAUCCCUAGCUGAGUAGCACAAGAAGCGGAAAAAUUGCCAAGAAAUGUUAACAAGGUGGAGAGUAGCUAGUUUGAAGAAUCUUAAAAAUAGAACACAUUUUUGGUAACUACUUGAUACCAUAUGUGUUAUUACAUAGUUAUGAUAACACUAGCAUUUUAACAUUUACAAAACCAACAAAAACGCGAGUACAGAUUUUUGGUUGGUGCUGUAUAACGUGAGGUUGAAAGGAUUAAAAUGCAUAGGAGGAAUUAAAUAGUGCAAUAUAAACAAAAUAAAUACUAAAAUCCAGCCUCACCUUUUGCAUUGCAUAGCUUCUUCCCACCCUCUUUGGGCUGGUGUUUCAGUGUUUGAGCACUGGGUAACUAAUUGCUUGACUGUGAGUGUUGAUGAGGAAAGGCCACACUCUCGCACAAGCAUAUACACACAUGUAUAAGUAACCAGUGUACUUUAGUAAAAUAUGUAGAGAUAUUCAGAAUUCUGUCGGAAAUGUCCUGUUUCUCUGGAAUCCUUGUAUACUUCAAUUUGAAUAUGAAUUUAUAUAUAUAUAUAAUUCAUUGUCAAUGGGGGAUGGAAAAAUGCAUUCUGAUCUGAUGCCUAGGUAGGGUUUUUUUCUUUGUUUUGACUAUAGCCCAUUUCUACACAAUUCAAAAGCUCACCUCUGAUGAUUACUCAUUAGUGACUAGUACAACCAACAAUGUUACUAUAUAUAAAGUUAUAACAUUUGGAAUGUAUUUUGAUUAUUAAUCUAUACUAUAAAUCUGGAUUACAUUUGGUCUAGUAUAUCCCAUAAACAAAUUAAACACGUAAUAUUGGUAUAUGAAGGAACAAACGCAUAUAUAAGUAAACUACAGCAAAUGAGUAACUCCAGUGUACUGUACUAAAAUAUGUAAACAGGAUGUUUCAGACAGGGGUGCUUCAUUAGAGAAGCACUUUGUUCACACAGCUGAUGAAAGACCUCUGUCUGAAAGUUCAGUUUCCCUGUAA